AUGGCAGCGGCCGUUGUGUUGCGGCAGAAGGACAGAGAGCUACACCUGCACCGCGGCUCGGGGGAUUAUGUGCAGAUGAUCUUCGCCGCGUCGUCUGCAGUUGUGCGGAUAGGCCGUCCAAUGGCAGCUGCCAGACAGAGGUCUCAGACAGGGCGCCCGGUGCGUGAGGCUUGUGACGAGAAGGCAGCUGCUGGGAGGACGCUGGCAGAGGAGCCCGUGGCGGAGGCUAUUGGACGGGAGCGUGCGGCGGGAGGCCGGGCUGGGGGGAGGGUCGCAGCAGCAGCGGCGGGGGGCAGGCCAGGGCAGAGGGAGGGUCGCAGCGCGAGCGUGUGGGCUGGUGGGGGGUGUGCUAGCGCCGCAACCACAGCGCGCGGCCAAGGCGAACUACCCUCUGCUGAGCUCGCCUGCCUCGCAAACGGUGGGCGGCGCGCCAGGUCGCCCGUCCGGAUCGAGCUGGCGCCAGAGUGCAGAGCGUGGGCGUCGCCAUGGCUGGGAGGUGAGACACCCGUCCCCUCCGUCGUCGACGUCCAUGGCAAAUGCCCACUACUGCCCGCGGGUGACCUUUUGAGGCCGCCGGGAACAAGCCCGCGCGCAGGCAGGCAUGAUGAUGGAGGGCCCACGGCCCACGCUUCCAUGCUGGCCGUAAUCGAUCGGGCUGAUGAGCCACACUGGCGACGAGGGCGUCCGUCUGUCUGGCUGCCGUCCCGCAUCGCUCCGGCCAACCACGCCGCCCUCGUCUGCAUCUACCUACACACAUUUACAUACACAUGCACUGCUGUUCGCCGCCUCCCUCUGCUCCACCCCGUGUACCAAGAUCCUGCAUCCCGCUCACACGCGCUACACACGCUCGCCGCCGCACCCCGAACCGCAAGACGUCAUACGCCUCGCGGUGCCGUGCAGCGAUACACCAGCCAGAUCGCCCCCAGCACGCCGCCCGACGCACAACAGAAGCCCGCCGACAACACCCCCUCUUCUGCAGUUACGCCUUUGGACGAGCGCCGUCCUCCUGCGCCGCCGUCCGCUCCCCGGUCCAUCUGUCCCGCACUUUGUCAUCUAGGCCCACCAGCCUUCAAAGAGACAAACGUGUGCCACCAGCCUGCUCCCCACGACCGCAAGUUUGCUCCUCUGUGCGCGGCGCCCUCCCGCGCCAACGCCUGCUCCGACCUCUCGUCGAGGCCACCUCCAGCCCUUCGAGUCGCGGCCCGAGUCGCGAUUGCCACUUCCUCGACCGCGAGGCGAGUCCCCACUACGCCCAGAGUGCAGACGCCUGUCGUCCACCGCCGCUCGCCUCUGCCUGUGCGCCACACCUCUGCAACCUCAGAGCUCGUCGUCGGACUCGGUAUCUAUCGGCCCGAGACCACAGCCACGAGUUUCGACGCGCCCGAUCAUCGUCCCAUCCUCCCGCGCAUACACACCUCUGCGCCGCCCACCACACCGCAGGGAGUAGCCAGGAAAUCACCUUCCCCCUGUGCGAGCAUCGCAAUCUAG